AUGACAGGCACGCUCGCUUCUCCAAAGCAGGCACUGUGGAUUCUGUGUGCAGUUUUGAUCAGCGCAGCCGGAGAGGAUAUUCCCUGUCCAAAAGGUGGCCAGAUCCACCUGUCCAGCCUGCGAUGUUAUUGGCUAUCUGAUUUGACGUCUUCAUGGUCUGAAGCACAGGGUUUAUGCCAACAGACACCAGGAGGUGAUCUGGCAGGGGCUGACAGUCUGGAGCUGCAAAACUUCCUUCACAACUCCUUUCCAGUGAAAACCACUGAAUGGGUAUGGCUGAAGGGAUCAAGAGGAGUUGGGUCUGGCCACGUUGGAGAUGUGGAGUCAGUGAGUCCUGCACUGUGGGACAGAGGCAGCAAGAGUCAGGGGGUGUGUACUCAGAUGGCACUUGGGACAUUAGAACAAUGGAGGAAGGCUCGAUGUGCUGGACAAUACCGCUUCCUCUGUGAAAAAGAAGUAACUGAGUCUUUACCAUCUAUGGACAGCUACCUGACAGGACUGGUUCUCAUGACUGGUGUCUUUGCCCGGGCACAGAUAUAUCCCCUUCCAACUGUCCCGGAUAUUGGACAACUCACAGUGGAGAUGCAGCUGUUCCCAGGGUUAUGGUUUAGUCAUGCAGGUCAGCUGACAUCAGUGGAGCUGGUAGUCCAGCCCAGCCCACUGUCUUCUGUGGCCCGUGUCCAGAUCCUCCGACCCUACUGCAACCCCAACCACCACCUGGUACCUCCAGGUUGCAGCUCCCUUCUUAAUCCGUUCAGCUGCUGCUCAGCAGUACCGCUAUGUAAUACCACAGGGGGCUGCAGCAUGGGCCAGUACUGGUGCCACCUGCUGGAAGUCUGUGUGCCCACCACCAGUCCCUGCAGUCCCUACGAUUCUGCAGCAGCAGAACGUGGCUUUGUUUUACCUCCCAGAUACACCGCAAUACCACCCUUCUACCACCUGGUAGCAGAUAUGCCUCUGAGGAUAAACCCUCACUCUGAAUUGAAAACUAUAAGUUUGCUUCUUCCAGAGCGAGCCAUCAUGGUAUAUCCUGAUGAUAUUGUGGCAAUACAACAUACUCGCAACUCUGGAACCUUCUUACAUUGCCUUAACAGUGACGCCUCUCUAAACUCCCCCUGGCGCCAGAGUUACCUGUCCCUUAGGAGGACGGAGUGGGGAGGAUGGUGGGAGGGAGGCCUCACUUCUCUUCCCCAAGAAAGCCGGUGGGUUGAUGGGGUGGUGUGUGAUCUGAAGAUGCUGUAUGUGGACAUUCUUCACAAAGGUACUGAGCAUGAUGACAGCUUUGGCUUCACCAACACAGAGACAAUUACACCUGAUAUUGGGGCCCUGACUACUGGUCCUACUCCAAGUCAAAGAUCUAAAUUUGGGAUAACCGUCAUCUACCCUCUACUGGAUGAAAAGAACCAGCUUAACGUACAAAUAAACAUCCAAACCCUUAUCAUUGUUAAGGUCCUAUCUGGGGAGAAAGCCAGGAUCUCAUGGUCAGCCCCAGUACUCAAGACUGGUCUCCCCUUUCUUCAUUCCUGCCCUGAAGAGGUGGUUCAGUCUUUGCCUGGCUGUAAGCAGCAGUCCCAAGAUGCGUGGUUCUCCUCUGUGACUCUGGUGACGCCCUCAGUGGGGGACCAGAUGCUGAACAUCAGUGUGAUGGAUGGAGUGAGUUCUCAGAGUGUAAGUGUGAAGGUUUGUGGCUACGAGGAAGUGACAGGACUUAGUGUUGAGCCACAUGGAUGCUUGAGGAUGCUCGUAGACACUCCACAGUCAUUUUCAGCCAAAGUGGAGAGUGGUUCAUCAGUAAAAUUCACAUGGGUAAUUGACAACCUGGAGUUGUUUGCCUAUGAAGGGGAAUCUUACAGUGUAGUGUUCAAGAAGCCUGCUAAGUAUAUGCUCAGGAGCGAACAAAUCCUUCUGACUGCUGAUGAAAUGACCCCAUUGGCAGAGCCAGAGUUCCUGCUUGUGAGGCGAGUCGUAGCUUCAGAAGAUCCUUAUCUAUACACCCUCAGGGUGAAAGUGGACAUCUCCCUCCCAGUCACCUUCAGGUGGGACUUUGGGGACGGCAGUAGCAAUGUCAUCCACACCCAAUCUGCUCCAUGUCAGACCAUGGAAGGACUUUUGGAGAGAGGAGAGAAGCAGGUGUAUGUCCAGGACUCAGUGAACUAUACCUUUUCCAUCCCAGAUAACUACACACUUCAUGUCCAAGUCUCAAAUCAAUACGACAACAUUGACAAGUCUACGAAGAUAGGUGUCUGCCCUCAGUUAAACCGCCUUCUUGUCUCCUCCUCCCCUCUGGUGCCACUCGUCAGUCAGAUUCUUCACCUGGAAGCAUCCACAGAGCCCUCCACCAACACUGUGUUCUACACAUGGGACUUUGGUGAUGGCUCUGAAGCUGUUCAAGGCAUCCACAAGAGAGUCAGACACACUUUUGCAUCUGCUGGUGUUUAUAACAUCACACUGUGUGCUAAUAACACUCUUACUGCACUGACCACCUGGCUCAUGGUGGAAGUUAUGGAAAAAAUCUCUGGAUUAGCUGUGACACAUAACGGACCCAAUGAACUGAGCUCUGCUACAGAUUUCAGAGCUGAAGUUGCAACUGGUACGAGUCUCAUCUGGGAUUUUGACUUUGGUGAUGGGUCCCUGCAGGGAAACAUUACAGAUGGUUGCAUCACCCACAUAUAUAAGUCACCAGGGAACUAUACAGUGUGUGUAACUGUUUCAAAUUAUGUCAGCCAAGCUCAUCAGUCUAUCUUUGUAGAGGUCUAUAGGCUGACAGUUAGUGGAGUUCUGCCUACAGAGUGUUUAAUGAGUGGAAGAAACACACAGCUUACAGCUCUGGUCAAUGGGAACAUAUCCAUAUUUGCUUUCCGUUGGUUGUUUGGAGAUGGGUCACCUUUGACUGUAGUGACAGGACAGUCCACAGUCAUGCACACAUUUGCUAGCCAAGGAGUUUCUGAUGUUAGUCUAACUGUAGUUAGUGCUGUUUCAACUGUAUCAUACAAAAGCAGUUUUUGUGUUCAAACUCCAAUAACUGACGUGGUAGUAAAGUCAUCACAGGAUAUAGUGGCAGUUGGAGAAAAGGUAUGUUUCAGGGCAAUAGUUUCCCCUGAACAGACAAUAGAUUACCAAUUUAAGUGGUUCAACAGAUCCUCUAGUCACACUGUCAUGACAGAAAAUGUGUGUUUUGUCUUUAAAGAAGAAGGUAUCAAAGAGGUAUUCGUAACAGCAAGUAACAAAGUCAGCAACAAAACAGCCAAAGCUAGUAUUACCAUUCAAAAACCUGUGGGUAAGCUCUCUGUGGUGCAUGAUAAUCAAAAUAACACAGUGAGAGUCAAUACAUCAGCAUCAUUUUGGGUUGUCAGUUGCACUGGCAGCAAUGUGUCCAUACUGUGGGAUUUUGGAGAUGGUUCCCCUUCAGAGGAGGAGCAAAACGUGUCCCAUAUCUUUACCUCUACAGGUCAAUUCACAGUCACGGCCACAGCAUUUAAUGCUGUUAGCAACGACUCUGCGACUCUCAAAGUUAAUGUUUUACUUCCUGUUUCAGACCUUUCCCUACACAGCAAUCCUUAUGCUGUAGUAGGAGAAGAAACUCUUAUUACAGCAGUUAGUAGCACUAUUAGCAGCACCAACUACUACUGGACAGUGGAGGGUAUAACUACAGCUAAACAGGGGACAUAUCAGUUUAGAUUUGCUUUCUCCAAACCAGGAGUGUAUCAAGUGAGGGUUAUAGCCCUGAACUUGGUGAGUAGCAAGGAAGCAGCUAUUUUAAUUGAAGUCUUUGAAAGAAUAGAGGGUCUUCACAUUGAGUAUCAGAACCUGACAAACAUGAAAUAUGUACCAACCCAAGAGAAACUCCUAUUCAUUGCUUCAAUCACUAAAGGCUCCAAUGUUACUUAUCACUGGCUUGCCACACAGAGCAGAAUUAAUCCACAAAUGACUGGUGAUGGAGAGCUUUUUCACCUGUUAGUUGAAAACCCUGGCGAGAUUUCAAUUCAGCUAAAAGCCAUGAACAAAUUGGGUGAGACUACCAACACUGUUUCUAUUAUGGCAGUGGAACGUGUAACAAGUGCACACAUGACAACACAGUCAAACAUUGUGGCAAUGGGGAAAUUAGUGAACAUCUCUGUAUCUGUAGUUACUGGGUCCGACCUGCAGUACCUUUGGUAUGUGGGCACUGAUCUUUUACCCCUCCAAACACAUGAGCCCUUUCUUCUCAACACUUUUACAAGUUUAGGUUAUUGUGUUGUUAAAGUUUCAGUUCAGAACACCCUCAGCCAGAGUAAUGACACCCAACAGUUUAUAGUUCAGGCAGAAGUAGAAGAGGUGGGCUUUAGAAUCAAUAACAAGAAACAUCCAUUUUAUAUCAACAGAAGUGCUGCUGCUUCUUUCCAUGGGUUUAUCCACAAGGGUAGUGAUUUACACUGGGACUGGAGAGUUAGAAGUUCCACAACAAACCUUUUUAACACUAACAACCAGACUUUUACCUACUCAUUUUUACAUGAAGGUGUCUACCAGGUGUCUUUGAAUGUCUCCAAUGGGAUAAAUUGGCAAAUGGUUUCACACAGUGUUACUGCCCAAGAUGCAAUUGAAGGUCUCAAGCUGAACAUUAGUAAGUCUACACUCUGUACUGAGGAACAAGUUACUUUUAUUCCAUCAAUCUCUAAAGGAAGCAAUGUAAGCUUUGUUUUAACAUUUAACAAUAAGGACUUAGUUCAUAGUCAGGACAUUGUUGAGGGACAAUUCACCACAUCUAGCCUUCAAUCAGGGACACAUCUAGUUACAGUGAAAGCUUGGAAUCAAGUUGGUAGUGCUGAGGUGUCAACUAGCCUUUUGGUCAUUGAGCAUAUUCGAGAUUUGCGACUUGUAAACUGUUGCUCUGCUGCUUUGGAGGCUCUGAAUGAAAUCCAUUUCAAGGCAGAGGUUCAAAGUGGGUUUUCAGUCAACUACACUUGGAUAUUUCACUUGGUGGGGUCUAAACCUACAUGGCUCGUAGGACAAGAAGUUAUCUUUACUCCACCAAAGAGUGGAUCAUUGUCUGUUACUGUGCUAGCAAGCAAUGGAAUCUGCUCCAAGACACUAAAUGAAACUGCUACAGUUGAUUGGCCUGUUAAAAAGGUCAAACUAGUCUGUCAUUCAGAGGGAGCAUUUGUAGGAUAUGCUGUCAGGUUUUCUGCAACCGUGAAUGUAUUGACCAACCUCAGAUUCAUCUGGGAUUUUGGAGAUUCCACUGAAGCACUGGUCACAGACUUAAGCACAGUCAGUCAUACUUAUUAUGCUGCAGGUAAAUACAAUGUUAAGGUCAAAGUUUCCAACAGUGUCAGCCAUGUAUCCAAACAACUAUACAUAGAGGUGGAGGCGCUUAAGUGUUCUAGCCCUGGAGCUUCUCUACUGGUGUACGAUCAGUGUACUAUCUUCAGGUCUAGACAGAGUUUCUUUGAAGCAAGCGUGAACAUUAACUGCUCUGCUUACAAGACCACAUACCUAUGGGAGAUAUUCAGAGACCCAGAUUGUACAAAUAGCAAUCUAGAUCUCCCUGGGAAUAGGGUCAUUCUUAGUAAUGCAACUUUACCUUUUCUCAUACUGCCAAAGUAUUCUCUCAGUGUGGGACAGUAUUGUAUUGUAUUCACGGUUUCACACCAGGGAACUCCUUUACUUGCCCAACGAAAAGUCAAAGUUACAGUGGUCCACUCCCCACUUGUAGCUGCCAUCAAAGGAGGCUCACACAGAGUGUGGCCCAGCCUCAGUGACUUACUCCUGGAUGGAUCUGAGUCCCAGGACCCUGAUGUACAGCCAGGAGGGGAAGAUGCCCUGCAGUAUCAUUGGACCUCCAUGACAGUGGUAAGUGUGUAUGCAGCUCCAGUGCUUCUUGUAAAUGUGGAAUGUGUAUCCUGCUCUGUCCUCUCCUCCCAUCACCACAACAGUUAUACCACCCCCAUUAUCCUCUCUGGGCAAUGUGGACAGUGUGAUGACCAGGCACAGUACAAAUGGAGUGCUGAGGACAAGACUGGCAUGACCCUUGACCUUGAUGAAGUUGUCACCUCUACGGGAAGACUUUCAUCUAACUUGGUAGUGCGUUCAGACAUCCUACAGCCAGGGCAGAGUUAUACCUUCACUCUCAAUGUAACUCAGCCUGGCAGAGGGUGGGGCAGUGCCAGCCUGACAACACUUACGAACAAUCCACCACAUGGAGGACUGUGUUGGCUGAGUCCAGAGUCCGACAUACGUCCACUGGAGACAGUGGUCACUUACAACUGCUCAGGGUGGCAAGAUUAUGAAAGUGAGGCCUCUCAGUUGUUUUAUACCUUCCAGGUGGCACCAUGCCAGCCCAUUAGCACAAUGUGCCCCAUGCUCACUCUGUACAGGGGCACUCGUUCAACAUUUGGCAGCCUGGUCCCAGUGGGAAGUCCUGGGCACGAAAGAAACAUGUCAGUUAUCAUAGUCACUGUGCUGAUAGAAGACCAUCUGGGGGCAAAGGUCAUUGCUCUAAACAAAACUUUGACAGUUGAAAAUCUUGCAAGGGAUAAAGUUGCAAGUCAGUGGCUUAGAAAUAAGAGUCAGACUGAGAUGUGGGCUUUAAUUCAACAUGGUAACCCUCAGGAGAUCAUCCCUUAUUCCAUUGCCCUCACCAGCCAACUCAAUCAGAUGGAGCCUGGACAAAAUGUUAAGGAAAUUCGGGAAAAUGUUACCCAAACUCUGGCCUCGCUCCCUAUUUCCUCCUUGCUGGAUGUUGAUCAAAUCAGCUCAGCAUUAGCUCAGUCCACUGCUGUUCCCAGUGCGUUGGUGUGUGACGGCUGUCAGGAGAAGGUUCUUGAAGCAGUGGGGAAGAUGAUUCAUGUAAUGGAGGAACAGAUGAGUCUUGGUGUUUUUCCAGCGUUUGACACGGGAAAGAACAUCCUUAAUGUCAUAGGUAGCACUCUGGCUGCUGUGUCUGAAUCAGCCAGUGCAUUCAAUUCUACCCCGGAAUACUCAAGCACUCUGCAGUCAGCUUCAGUACUCACCUUGUCAGCACUGGACAAUGCAGGAGCCCUAAUGCGCUCUCUGAUGCAUUCACAUGUUCAUGGCGAGGCACCCCUUUCGCUCUCCACCCCUUAUAUCAGCACAAUUGGUUUCCAUGGAAAUCCCUCUGACCUCCUCUGCACUCAGCAAUCAAACAUGUCCAACUCCUAUCUGUUACCUGACAGAUCAAAAACUUCUCGCCCAUGUCCAUUUUAUAUCCCCACCUCCCUCACUACUCACCUGAUGAGUCAGAGGUCUGAGGUGGUGCAGGUUCUGUUUGGGAUAGAUGGAGCACUGGAGUCCAGCUCUUUGCUGACUGUAGCCGACCCUCCUAUCUCUACCACUCUGGUUGCUAUGGAAUUCACCACGCCUCAGGGCCAGCCCAUUCCCAUCCAGGAUCUGGAUGCUGAACAGGGCAUACAGGUCACCCUACCCAACAAGUACCUUGUGGGACAAGGUGAUGUGGGUGGAAAUCGAAGGGUAGAUGAAGGCGGAAAUGGGACAUGUCUUACUGUAUCACUCCCCACUGAAGGACAUUUGAACUUCACAGUAAAAGCUGUGGACGGCUUGGAUGAAAAUGCAGGUUUAUACAUCUCCUUCAACUUCAGCCUGACACCAGGAGCUACUCCAGUGAGCUUGGGACAUGUCAAGAUAGAAGUGAGCUCUUUAGUACCAGGGACUAAUGCAUCCCAGGAUUCCCUAGUGAGAGUAUGGCCACUCAGUCUCUCUGCUCUGACCACCACCACAGAGGAAACCAUCUUUCUGUCGCCACUCUCUCUGUGCCAGUACUACAAUGUGAAGGAGAGGCGUUGGAGCAGUGAGGGUCUUCAGCCACUGGAGGGCAGCACACUCCACACAGCCCACUGUCUCACUCAGCACCUCACCAUGUUUGGGGCCAGUUUGUUUGUUCAUCCUGGGGCUGUUAUUCUGUUGCCACCAUCAGGAGGACCCAUGCAGAACAUGGUGGUGGGAAUUGUAUGUGCUGUCCUGGUUCUUAUUCACCUGCUGGUGGGGCUCAUCGCCCACAAACUGGACCACUUGGACAGCCUGAGACUGAGCCAAGUCUCUCUGUGUGGCCGACCAGGGCUGUACCACUACAGAGUUUUGGUAAAGACUGGCUGGAGACGGGGAGCAGGCACCACAGCACAUGUUGGCAUCAGUCUGUAUGGUGUGAGCAAGAGCGGCUCUCGCCAUCUGCAAAGAGAUGGGGCUUUUCAGCGUGGCAGCCUGGACCAGUUUCACUUAGAGACAGAUGACAACCUGGGAGAAGUUUGGAAAAUUCGCAUUUGGCAUGACAACACAGGUUUGGAGCCAUCUUGGUAUGUUCAGCAUGUGGUAGUGUGGGACCCUCAGACAGACCACAUGUUCUUCUUCCUACUGGAAGACUGGCUUUCCGUGGAGAAUCAGAAGAAUGGAACUGUGGAGAAGGAAGUUCUGGCCUCAUGUCCUGAAGAGCUUUCUCAGUUUCGACGGGUCCUCAACUCCCAGUUGAUGUUUGGGAUAGUGGAGCACCACCUGUGGCUGUCACUAUGGGAACGCCCUUCCCACAGUCAUUUCACCCGGAGUCAGAGGGUUACCUGCAGUGCCCUUGUGCUGCACCUCUACCUAGCACUGGGGGCACUGUGGUACGGGGCUGUGGGCUCAGUGGGGCACAGUGGUCCAGUGUCAGCCAAGCUACUGGUUAAUAUGGAAACAGUUGCUGUGGGGAUGACUGUUGCAGUACUAGUGUUUCCUCUCCAGUGUUUCCUCUGCUUCCUUUUCAGAAAAACUCACAGUCAGGAAAACGUGGACAUGUCAGUUCCUCCUUCUCCUGUGUGUCACUCCGUGGAGAUGGAUGUCUACCUAGGCCAAUCAGACAUUUCAGGCCCUUCUUUCUUGUCUCUGCGGGAUUCUUCCAGUCCAGGCCAAGAUAGUCCUUCAUCUUUGCUGGAGAGCAAGGCGUUUGACUCUAGUAUCCUGGACUUUUGGGCUGCCUCUGGUUUGGCGCCCCAGACAGAUGGGGCAUGUCAAGAGGAGUGCGUGGUGGCAUGGGCAUCAUGUGACAGCCUCCUCAACCUGCCAGCAGGCCCUUCAACCAAGAUGACCCCAUCCUCCGACCCCUGCAAGACUUCAUCUGCUCUGGGUCCAACACGGCUGCUCAGGAGGAAAAAGGCCCUGAUGCAGCUGCGUCUGGCCUCACCCUCCUCUUCUGACUCACCUGCUGCUCUUCUCCCUCCCCUUUGCACAUAUCCCCUUUCAAAAGAACAUUCUGACUCUCAUUACUCCGCUGUUGCACUGGGCCAGAAGUUCCUCACUCUGAAUGCUAACCCAGUCCAAGUUCAUAACCACAAUCUGACAACAUUCCUUACUAUGUCUGAGGAGGAUCUGCUGAUGUCUAUAGCAGCCGCGGCAGACACAAUAGAUACAACAAACAGUAAUUCAGACAGCGGCCGGGACUCCCCUAGAACCACCUCCUCAUUCUCAAACACCCAGAGCACCUCCUGCAGCAGCUGGUCAGAUCAGAGCGAGGAUAUGUUCUUCUGUGGUGUAAAGAUCCACAAGCCAGAUCCACAGUCCUGUUCUUCCCUGAAUGAGACUGGGCUAUACAAGUAUCCCUCUGUGCUAUCUGUUGACUCUGUGGCCAGCACCUUUCUGCCAAGCCCUUCUCCUGACUCUACACGCUCCUUCUCCACCACACGCAUAGGAGUUUCUCGAGGUAAGCCCAGCUGGGUACUCCCUCCCUGGGUCCUGUGUGUGAUUUACCCCCUGGUGGCUGUGCUACUGGGAUCCUGCCUGGCUUUCGUGGGAAUUUACGGCAGCUUCUUCUCCAGAGCAGUUGUCCUCAUGUGGCUGAUAUCAUCUCUCUCUGCCUUCCUCACCUCUGCUCUGCUGCUGGAACCUCUGAAGGUGUGUGUGCAUGCCUUGAUCUGCACAGCACUGUGGCGGCCUGUGGAUCCAGAGGUGGAGGACCAGUUGGCCCAGGAGACCACAGUGGUGAGGGCAUUUGGGGAACACAGUGGGAAGGUUCGGCCUCUGUGUGGCUAUGGGUUGCUGCAGGCUAAAGAGGAAGCCCGCAAAGUCCGAGCUCUACGAUCUCUCAUAAGGCACUGUGUGUGCCAGCUGUUAUUUCUGUUGCUGGUGCUGAUGGUGAACUACCAGGACAGCAUGGAGCAGAGGCAGGGCAGGCUGCUGCACUCUGCUGUCAGAAGCCGUCUUCACACUUCACCCUUGGGUGUCCCUAACCUCACCUCACUUAGAGACUGGUCAGAUGCAGGGCAGUGGAUAAACCACACUUUGAUGAUACAUAUACACCAAAACCCUGUGCUACACCUCGUAGGGUUGCCUCGACUCCAGUACACACACGCUUUCAGUCCUGUGGCAGGUGUCUUAUUGGGGAACAGCAGCGCAAUGACACACCGGAUUCUCUCUGACCUUCAUAUGGCAGACUGGAGGGUGAAACAGUUUAAAACUCUCUCUAUUGACUUCACACACUACCACAGAGAGUCUGCUUUAUUUGUCUGUAUGUCCAUUCAACUAGAGUGGGCUCAGACACAGAGAAUCACUCCUUCCAUCUCUAUCCAUCCACUCCUCAUCCCUUCAUCCUUCUCAGGCCUGGAUCUUCAGGUGGCACUGACGGUUCUUCUUCUCAUCUCUGCUCUCCUCAUCUUAUUUGGGGAGCUGUGGUCCAUGGCUGCUGAGCGUACCACAUAUUUCUGUCAAGGCCAACACUGGUUUCAGCUCCUUCUAGCCUCAUUGUCCCUUGCAACAAGUAUCCUGCAGCUUUGCUUCCUGUCCCAGGCCACUUCCUCCAUUUCCGAGCAUUGGUCCACAGCUUUACACUCUAUUAAAUGUCUGCUCCUCCUGCUGUGUGUUCCAGCUGCUGGGAACGUUGAGGUUUGUGCGGAGGUGGGUGGUGAUAGGCAGAGUGCUGCAGAGAGCCUGGAGGGAGCUGUGGGCUCUGACGUUCCUACUGCUGCUGCUGCUGCUUCUCUGCACGCACCUUGGAAACACGUAGAGGGCUUCCUGUCAAUACGUCAGGCCGGUGUAUCAGUGCUAUCCAUCUUGCGUGGCCAGAUGGCUCUUCAGAGACUGUGCAGGGUGCACCCAGUCCUGGGACCUCUUUAUGGGCUACUACUGAUGGGGGGGAUUAUCUGGCUCUUGGCCAGACUCUGUGGAACCAUUCUCAUCCGUACAUACAGGGCAGAACAAGCGGACAUGUACCGUCCAGCCAUGGAACCUCAGGACUAUGAGAUGGUGGAGUUCUUCAUCAAGAGACUCAAGUUGUGGAUGGGACUCACUAAGGCUAAAGAGUUCAGGCACAGGGUUAAGUUUGAAGGCAUGGACAUCCCUCCAUCAAGGUCCUCCCAGGAAUCCCGUCUCAACACCCUUUCUUCAACCUUUCCUUCCUCCUACUCUCCUUCUUUGUCCUCCUCAUUUUCAUCCCCCUGUCCCAUGUCCUCAUCCCUCUCUGUGAGGUCUGAGGACUCAUCAGUGUCCGAGCCUGGGUUUGACGUCCAACCUUACCUGGACCACCUGCUGCCAUGCGUUAAUGCCCUACUAUCUCGUUUUGAUCGGGUCAACCAGAUAACCGAGGAUCUUCACAACCUGGAAAUGAAACUAGAUGAGGCUCAGUCUAGGAGAAGGAAAAAGAGGAUGAGUAAUAAUGAGAAAGCUGCAGAAAGAUACAGAGAGUCAGCAAAGCCAAAGGAACUGAAGGGAGAAGGGAGAGUUACUGGAGAAGUUAGACACAGGAGGACAGGUCUUCUUCACCCCAAACCACGAGUCUCCCUUCCAACUCCCUCUACACUUAACUCCUCUGCUGCAUCAAUCUGCAUAUUCCCCCGUACACGUAGUUCCUACUCUGAGUCUGAAUCAGUACCACUCCAGCUUCACCCUUCCAGUGACACUCAUCAUUCUGGAGCAACCAAGCAUGCGUCUGGAAACCCAGGUCUGAACCUGUAUCCUGUAGGUUCUCCUGGGAUUGACAGGUUCCCUAGGAGAAGAGCCUGGCAUUCUGGGAGCUCUCAUUCAGCUGAUGCGGCUCAAAGAAUGUUCCAGAUGCAAGGUGGAGUUACUCCAUGUGGCACUGGAGCAGUGAGUUCUGCCUUCACUAACACAAGACCAAGGAGUGCAGAGGGGGUAAGAAGACGUAUUAGUGAUGGAGUGCCUGUGAAAAGGAGGGCUUGGAUCUCUGAAGAACCAGAGACUGAGCAAGCCUAA